AUGUCAGAGCAACAACAUCGAGGCCAUUGGCUGGACAAGUACGCAACGAAUUAUGCUGCUUGGGAGCUGUCAGUUGGAUCACAUGGCAGUCAGAUGUUCAAGCGUCCACUUGGGCUCGUGGAAAGCUCAUUUGAUGCAGAUGGGUUGUAUUAUGGCGGGCGAGCAGAUAUGACAUCUCUCUUCACCCUCUCAUGUCAACACAAGCUCUCCAAAGCUGAGCUUAAGCGUAGGGUUGCAAUUGCAUGGGCGUCCCUGCGCCUGCAGCACCCUUUGCUUUUGGCUCGUGUAAUGGAUGAUCCAGCAACUGGAACCCGCAACUUCGCAGUCAACAUCCCGUCCUCACCAGAAGCUGCUAUCCAAGAGGUUGAAAAUAGCAUCAUCUGGUUUGAAGACACAUACCCGGACGUAGACGAAAAGGAGGUCUACCACCACGCCUACAACGUAACCCGAAUAAUCGAACCGACGAAAUGCCUUUCAAAACUCCACAUUCUGCCCAUCACCCAGAAUACUGAUGGAACCUACUCUCUCCGCUUCCUAAUCGUAAUAGCGCACCAAAUCUCCGACGGGCUCUCAGCAUACAGCUGGUUCAGCCAUUUCAUCCGGAUUUUGAACCAGCCAUCUGAAGCCAUCUUAGCAGAUAUCGCGUCGUGCGGUCAGGCCGAAAAGAUACAAGCAGUCUUGCCAGCAGCACAGGAAGGGCUAUACCCCCCAAUCACCGGCAGCAGAGCGCGAAAACGCUGGUUCUGGGCACUAAUCCGCGUCCUGCGACAUGUGAAGAAGGGUCUUCCACCCACAUUUACGAACCCGCUACGAAGAGCACAGAGACUGGAGACUGCGCCGCCGCUACAGCCAAAGUUUGAUGCCAUCUUCGACUACAACCCCGUUACCCGCCCACCAAUGUCCUGUGGCCACAUCUCCGCAUCUCUCUCUCCAUCCGCUUCAUCGCGCCUAAUCGCCCUCUGCAGAGCCGCAAACGUAUCCAUAGGCGCCGGAUGUUUCGCUCUCGCAGGCCUCUCCAUGAUGGCUAUACAUGAAAGCCUCUCUCCUUCCUCGUCCCACCACCCAGCCUUCACAGCAUCCUUCCCCCUGAACCCCCGUGCCUUCUUCGCAAACCCCCCACCACCAGACUCCUGUAUGCUAGCCUUCAGCGACGGAAUUGUCAUGCCUUUCUUAUCCAGCAGUCUCCCCGUAGAAGGCCGGUUCAAGCUCGUGGCCAAGCAUGCGAACCGUGAGCUGAAGGUUUACCAGAAGAGGAAACUCAAGGGGAGCGACUUGAAAGGUACACCGGGUAUACUGGACAAGUACUCACCGGGCCGUCUGCUGGCAACGGGUGCAGCGGAAUUUGGAGCCACAUGUGGUGUUUCUUCCAUUGGGCCACUGGCAGCGUUUUUCAAGCGUGGCACCUACGAUCUCAAGAAUCUGGGUGACAAGGACUUUGCGGCGGAUUUCCAAGACGUCAAGAUUGGGGUUAGGGCGAGGGAGAAUGAGUUCUUGGUUGGCAGCUCGACGAGUGCGGAGGGUAUUGUUGGGUUUGGGGUGAGCUAUGAUUUGAACGCGAUUAGUAAGGAGAGGGCGGAGCUGUGGAAGAGGACGAUUGAAGGGCUUUUGGAGGUGGGGGAGCGUGAGAGGGCGAGGUUGUAA